GCCCUCAUGGAGCUCUAUUCAGCUGGAUCCCUUUCCGAGUUGAAAGGAUCAGGUGUGCAUGAGGGGAAGGGACCACCUCUCAGGUGAAUGGGCUUCAGCGCAUUGGGCACAAUACAGUGUGUAUCCAUUAGGAAGUACUUGACCAUGUGGGGUUGUGACACUGUGUGUGACCCGUUGUGUGCAGGCAAAAGUGACCAGUCAACUGGACGAUCCCUGUGAGACCUAGUGCUAUGCACUCGAAGGAAAUGCAACUGAACUGUGUUUCAGCUUCAGUGGCAUUUUUUAACCAACUGCAGUUCUGGGAUUUCUGCAAAACAGAAUAAGCCGUUAUUUUGGAUCAUGUUUGGCAAGCACGGGAGGCAAUGGAGGUCGAUGUGCAAAGGCUUGGUCCUGGGUACUCUACUCACCAGCUGUAUGAUCCUGCUCUACUGCCUUUCUGCUCCCCAGGUCCACUUCAAUCUGCUUGAGGUGCCAGUGCCUUACUCCUGCGCCCAUCGACCAGCCCCAACCCAUGUCAAACCAAUCAUAAACAGCUCCCAACACACUGUAGGGCUGGCAGGCGUCUGCACGCCCAAAAUGGACAUUAUGUUCAUGAAGACCCACAAGACAGCCAGCAGCACGUUCCUCAACAUUCUGUUCCGCUUCGGGGAGAAGCACCGGCUCAAGUUUGCCUUCCCAGAUGGCCGUAAUGAUUUCUUCUACCCCUCUCCAUUCGAGCACACCAUGGUCAAGGACUACAGGCCUGGCAUGUGCUUCAAUAUCAUUUGCAACCACAUGCGCUUCAACGCACCUGAGGUGGCCAAGGUGCUUCCCACAGACAUGUCCUACAUUACCAUCCUCAGAGACCCAGCCGAGCUUUUUGAAUCCUCCUUCCACUACUUUGGCCGACUGGCACCGAUGACCUGGAAAAUACCAGGCGAGGACAAGCUGGGGGAGUUCCUGCACGACCCCCACUACUACUUUGACCCAGAUGGCUUCAACUCCUUCUACUUAAAAAAUCUGCUGUUUUUUGACUUUGGACAGGACAACACUCUGGAGCUAGGGGACCCCAAGGUGGAGGAGGGCAUCCAUGCUAUUGCAGGUCGCUUCCACCUGGUUAUGAUGGUGGAGCACUUUGAGGAGUCCUUAAUUCUGCUCAAGGAUGCCCUCUGCUGGGAAAUGGAUGACCUCCUCUUCUUUAAGCUCAAUGUCAGAAAGGACUCCACCGUGUCCAAACUGACCCCGGAGCUGAGGGCCCGGGCCUUGGAGUGGAACGCUGCGGACUGGAAACUUUACCAACACUUCAACACCACCUUCUGGAGGAAGGUGGAGGCAUACGGGAGCCAGCGGAUUGCUGAUGACGUAGCACAGCUCCGGAGAAGGAAUGCAGAGAUGGCAGCCAUCUGUAUUGAGGGAGGCCAUGCGGUGGACGCAGUGAACAUCCAGGAGACAGCCAUGAAGCCCUGGCAACCUAUUGGGGAGAAGUCCAUCAUGGGCUACAACCUGAAAAAGAAUGUGGACAAGGCCCACCGCGAGCUGUGCCGUAAAAUGCUCACCCCCGAGCUGCAGUACCUGACAGACCUAGGAGUCAACCUUUGGGUCACUAAACUGUGGGGUCAUGUGAGAGACUUGAUCAACUGGUGACUUGAGAGACACUUUAGACAGCGUGGAUAUAGGGAGAAAGAGAGAGACAGAGAUAUAUAGAGAAGGGAAAGAGAGAGAAAGGGAGAAAAGACAAUGUGGCUUCCUGUGAUUGUUCUUCUGUUUGGCCCUUGUGAGAGAGCUACAAGUGAUUGGGACCACAGCGAUCUGCAGUUUUGUUGUUUAGCAGUGGUUUGAGAUAGUUUGUGAACCCUUUUUUGUAUUUCUGCCAAAGCUUGACCUAAAAUGUGAUGAGAUUUUAAGUUCUAAUAGCAGAAAAAAUGCAAACCAGAAUAAAUACACGUUUACGCCCUCAUUUCAUUAUUGAGCAACAUUCAGUUAAUUUGUUGGAAAAAGUAUCUGAGCCCAGAUUAAUAUCUUUAAAGCAUAUUAAAAAUAGUCAAAAGUUUAGUAUUUUGUCCAAUAGUAUUUGCAUGCAAUGAAAAUAUGUCAUACUAAAAACUUCUUAAAUGCACAUUAAUAUUUUUUUGGGGGGUGGGGGGCAAAUGUUAUGUUUUGGCAAAUAGUUAGUCAAUAGUGAAUUAUGACUGGAGUCGUCUGAGGCAUGUGGAAGUGGAUGGGAAGCAUGUUCCGGAGUCAGUGAGUGUGAAGACUCUCGGAAGAGGAGUUCAGGUGAUGGAACUGGUUUUGGUGAGAUGGGAAUUGAAUGUAACAGUGGAUUUUUUAAUGUUGUUUAUUUGGAGGAUAUCCCGACCAUAAAUGUAUGUAACUUGAAUUUAUUUAAGUGAUUAACCUUGAGGUUCACAAACCAUACUUCCAAAAAAAAUGUGAUGUUGGUUCAAUCUGCUUAAUUUAAUCACAAUCUGCUUAAUUUAAUCACAUUCACUAUCUAUAAUUGGGAUUUGAGAUUACUUGAAAAUCACAUUUUUGGUCAAGUGUAUGUAGAAAAACUGAAAAUACUAAAGGGGUCACCAAAGCCUUGUUUUAAUUAAUAUCUACCUCUAUAGUACACAAAAUGCCCCAAUUCAUGUUGUUAUGCAAAUUAUUACAUUUAUUUGCAGAUAGAACCUUCUAGCCCAAAAUUGGAUGAGACAGCUUGACCUACAUGGCCUGUAUGAGACCAUACAGGGUUUUGUUUUGGAUAGCUUCCUCAAUAAUUUGGAUGAUGUCUUCCUCUUUUUUUUUUU